GCACAUGAUCGCAGCAGUUUGAUAAUAAUACAAAGGCUUCCACCAUCCUCAAUUUUUUUCUUCUCAUCAUGUUGUCUACAACUCGUACAUCACGUCGAAUCCUUGAUAAGCAUUGCCACUUGAAGUCAAUUUCGUACUCGCCACUCCCUACGCUGAGUCCCAUUAAAUUAUCGACUACAUGUCCAAGUGGGAAGUCCAGAAGCCUCUCAUUUUCUGAGUUGCGAACUGUUUGCAAACCACGAUAUUUUUCAACAUGGGAUUGGGCUGUUAUGUCGGCACCACGUUGGGCCAACGGCCAUCACGGUCAUCGUGGUGGCUGUGAUCAGUUUUCUUCUUCAAAGAGAUUGAAUUCUAAUGUAUAUGCUACAGAAUCAAUAAUCUAUCCAUCAAGCUGGGAAGCUUAUGCCGACAUCGGAAUCGAAGAAAUCGAGCUCGCCCCAUCAAUGGACAGACUGUGUGUGACGUGGAAAAGUACAUCGUCAUCAUCGUCGACAUCGUUCCCACUAAUAUGGCUGAGAGAUAACUGUCGAUGUCCCCAGUGCUUCGAUACUACAUCCUUCAAUCGCAUCAUCUCCAUUAAGAAUAUGGACGCCAAGCUCAAAUCCGUAUAUCUGGCCGAUAAAUGCAAGUCUAUCAACAUCAUCUGGGAUGAUGGUCACGUGAGUAAUUAUCCAGCAAGGUGGCUACGAUGUAACGCAUUUGACGAUUUGGAACCCGAUCCCCUGGUCGACAUUCAACCAAAUUUAUGGGACGCAUCGAGAUGUCGUGAUCGUAUGCGACGGUUCAACUUCAACGAACUCCUGUCCGAUGACCAUACAUUGUACAAAAUGUUGCUGGAUGUGAAGGUGCUUGGCAUUGCAUUGGUUGAGAAUGCACCGCAAAAGUUGGGGCAGGUUAAGAAGCUAGCGCAGAAAGUCGGAUUUCUCUUCCCCAUCAAUUACGGCGAAUCAUUUGAGGUUCAGCUGAAAGAUGACGCUAGCACUGCAGCCUAUCUGUCUUGUGAUCUACCGUUGCAUACAGACACUGCCUAUAACAGCAUAAGACCUGGAAUUCAGAUGCUACACUGUUUACAGCAAUCGGAUCAGGGUGGUGAAAAUAUCAUCGUAGACGGGUUCAAGGUUGCUAACGACCUUCGGGAGACCUCACCAGACUCGUAUGAUAUUCUUACGAAACAAGUCUUGGAAUUCUAUGAUCGAGGAACGGACUCUCUUGGAGAGUUCUUCAACAUCUCCCGUAAUCAUGUAAUCAGGUUGAAUGAGAAAAACGAAGUUGCCCAAAUUACAUUCACUGAACAUGGACGAAGUGCCAUUGCACGGAUGCAUGCUGAUGACGUCAUCAAUACAUACAAAGCGUUAAUGGCGUUCAUUGAUCUGCUGUACGCACAGGAAAACGUAUUUGAAUACAAGAUGGAAAACGGAGAUAUUCUGAUCAUGGAUAAUUACCGAGUUUUACAUGGACGGAAAGGUUUUACCAAUCGACCAGGAUCGAUCAGACACCUAGAAGGAGGUUAUUUAGAUUGGGAUACGGUAUCCUCAAAAAUCAGAAUUCUUAAGAAAAAACUCGACGCAAUGGAACAGUAUAGUUCAUUGUCAAAUUAGGGUAGGCCAUACUCUGAUAUCGAAGGAGAAUUACUUACUCAAGUCCCGUGUACAAGCACAGUGUUUUGAGAUACAACACGCAUGGAUUCCAUUGAGAAAAUAGUUUUGAGAAAUGUGUAAUAUGGAACUAAAUAUUUUUUUAACGGUCAAGCCCACCCCAGAUAAAAAAAAUACAUUUCAUCAAUAAAGAAAAGCUAAACAAGCAUAGAGCUGAAAAUGUCAUCAAAAUCGGAUGUAAAAUAGUUUUAAAAAAAAAAGUUGGGACGUUUAAAGAUCGAUUUUAAAAAAAGUUAUAUGUACAACCCAGCGAUAUGCCAAUGAGAUAUUCGAUGACAUCAAUCACAAUUUUUUUAUUGUAUGAAUUAUACGAUGUUUCAAUAUUUACAGAUUUGAAAAUCAGGACCUCUUAAUUGAAUUACAAAAGGGUAAAACAGUAAUUCCACAUGGGUGUUUAGGGGCAAAUGAACCUUUGUUUCACAUGAAAAUGAGGAGAAAAUAAAUAUUUACAAAAGAAAUAGCGGGUGAUGUCAUCGGCCCCAUCUUUUGAAUACUUAUUACAAUAUCCUAACUCAUCUCAUUCUACAUCCGAAUGAAUGAAAUGUUCAAUGUUAUGCUUGUUUGAUUUUUUUCUCUCUCUUUAUUCAAAUCAACUUAUUUUGUUGGGGGUAGACAUGCGAUUGAGUUACCUUUGUUUAGUUUUUAAUAAUUGAUAUUAGAUCAUCCAGUUGUAUGUUACCUAUUUUUUUAUUCGGAUAUCAUGGCCCAGUGAUGGUGGAUUCAGUACUAAACGAUAUAUUUGUUUUAAAGGGUCAAAGUUUUCACAUAUUCUCUGUCAGACGAGAAAUGAAUGUUGAUCAAAUGUCACCAUAAUUUUCAACUUCCCCGUAUUAAUUAUGUUUAAAAACUAAAGCAAAAAAAAAAAAAAAAAACCGGCCACAUUUUUUACACACCUUUGAGCUCUCUUAACAACGCUAUUUCCACCAGGCGCAGGCCUGCAUGGACCUCCUUUUGUGAUACUGUAUGUACUUUCUUCUCCCCUCCCAUAGCCCCUGACCUUACACACUCGUUCAUCUGAAGGUACAGAUCGUGUGACAGGAGUUAUUAGUCAUCGAUUAACUUCCACCUCUUCUGAACAAUUACUGCCUCCAUUCAUCCGGAAAAAAAAAACACGUACUGCUUGAAAAAAAUUGAUACACUGCCUUCGGGUUUAACAGCAAAACUAUGGCAAUAAAUAUUAGAGUCAUCAAGAAGCUUAAAAAUUUUCUCCAAGCACAAUGCACGAUCCAUGUUGUAUUGUGCAAUAAUUUUAUCAUAUCUUUAAAGGGAUGGUCCAGGCUGGAGAUAAAUAAAUAAUGCAAAAUUUACAGACUGAGCAAAAUGCUGAAAAUUUGAUCAAAAUCGGAUAACAAAUAACGAAGUUAUUUAAUUUUAAAGAUUUGCAUUAUUCCGUUGAAACACUUCUAGGCAUGUCUUUAUCGAGUAUUCAUUAAGUGGGCUGAUGAUUUCAUAUCCCCAUAUUUCAGAUUUCAUAUUUAUUGCCGCAACUUAUUUCAUCAUAAUGGAGGCACAUCAUUUACACAUGUAUACGGAAAAAUGAAAAUGUGUGACAUAAGAAAAGGGAAAGUGGGGUGUGGCAUUAUCAGUACACCUAAUGAAUAUUCAUGACGGUGUGGAUGUAACUGUUUUCACAAAGUAUCGAUAAACGAAUAUUUUUUAGAGUGGAUGGGAUUCUGGCAUGUGGAAAUGCCUCUCAAACGAGACUAGACAGAUUCUUACUAUUUCAACGAAGGAUUAUUGUCUUCAGCAGAAACUUCACACCAGAGAGCACUUGUGUCUUUCGUAAGAAGGACACAUAGACUCUCUUAUUUUUAAGUUCUCUCUGCAUAACAUAUUAUAAGAUAUAGCGCCUGUAAAUAAAUGUAUAUAAUGUUUAUAUAUGUAUAUGAUAUGUUUUAUUUUGUUUUGUUAUUUUUUUCCUCUCUCUAAAAUUACUUGUAUUUUGGCUACUGCAUUUUGAAGUUCCCCUUGAGUCUAUGUACACAGGUGUCACCCAUCUAUGAAUCGAUAGAAUAUUCCAGAUAACCAUUUAAAAAAUAUAACAUUUAAUAAUAACACAUGAGAUUAAUUGCACCGAGCACAAGCCCAGAAUGUCUGCAUUAAUUAAUUGUUUCCUUAUAGUUGGUUAUGAUAUAUCAUACAGUAACAUGUAUUUUAUAUUACACACUUUUUAUUUUCUCUUUUCAAACUUCGGAAGGAGAGGUCUGUUUGACAGGCAUCACACUGUCUUGGUUGGGUAUUGGGGGGCCUAGGCAGUGCUUGCUUUUAUUAGCAACCACGCGCAUGCUGAGAAGCCCGUUCAAAUUACUGAACCAGGUUGGCCAGAAAAUACUAUUCAAACAAUCAAGGAUUUGUGAUGAGCCGCCUUUCACGAUCUCAUUCAAAUUUGCUGAAAGCAGCGCUAAUCCAUUAUGCGUCAAAUUUUAUAACCACAAAACGACAAAUUUAUCAUAGGCGUAAAUAUUCAUAUCUGAAUGACACGCGCCUCCAAACCCAAGAUAACAACAACAGCAACAACAUUUCAACAAAAAGUACUGAGAAUAAUAUUCAAUAUGCCCUUUAGAGUUCAUACGGAUGAACUGUUUCGUCAGAAUUAUCAAGCCAGUAUGGUAAUCUGUACUGCUUACAACUAUUCCAAUUCAUUUAUCAGUUAGAUAGAAAUAAUAUACCUAAUGUCUUACAAAAUAAUUUUAUGAGAAUUACUUUGCAUCCAUAUAAUACUAUACUCAAAUGACUAUCGCUUACCUAAAACAUGUAAAUGCAGAACAGUAUUUUCUAGCAAAAGUUUAUUUUCAACAGGACCCUAAGUCUGUAAUUCUCUGGACAGAGUAAUAAAAGAGACAGCUAAUCUCAACCGAUUUGAAUUACUCAUCUAAAUAUUUCUUCUGAAUUCUUACCGAUUUAAUCAAAUAUCUUAUGAACUUUAUCCACGGUAGGGUUGAUUAUUAAAAAAAAUAUAUCUACAUAAUUUUGUCUUCAGUGUGUAUACAUUCGUGUUUCAGUGUUUAUAUUUUAGUAAAUUUAUAAAGUUUUGCUGAUUAGUUUGCUAAAUUUAUAUCAUAUUACCCUUGUAUACAAUUUCGAUAGGGGGUCUACAUAUAAUAAUCUUAAUCGUUUGUGAGUGCCGGGGCAAGCUUCUAGAAACCUUUGAUAUUUUCUUUCCAAUUUUUUCCUUUUCUAUUUUCAUUUUCUCAUUUUUCAUUAAAGUUUAUCUGGUAUUAUGUUCAAGUAGUCAUUUUUUUUCUAUACAAUCUCCAAGAAUUAUUGUACAUAGAAAUUUGCUAUUAUGUUUUCCUGCUUUAAAUUACAUAUCAAAAUGUGCGAAACAAAUUGUUAAUGUUUGAAUUGAAAUAAACGAAAUGAAAUGAAAAUAAGCUUUGCUUUUCAGUAAGGCUUUGUUUUCAUUUUAUUGGUACGAU